AUGUAUGCUGUGACUGGUAGUGAUGAGGAUGACUGUUACCGGUGUUUCCCGCCCGACCCGGGCAUUGGUACUGCUGCGUCAGGUACUCGUGAGGCUGCUGCUCUAGGUGCCAGUGCGUCUGUGCUCUCAGGUACUGGUGAGUCUGCACUCUCAGGUACUGUGUCGGCUUCGGCCUCUCACACCUUCACCCUUGACUCUGGAGCGUCUCGCUCCUUCUUUCGGGACCGCACCACUCUCACGCCGCUGAGUCGGCCGGUUGCGGUGUCCCUGGCUGACCCCUCUGGGGGGCCUGUCCUGUCUCGCUUCUCCACGGUCCUUCCGUGUCCGGCGGCCCCCUCUGGCGCCCUGUCUGGUCUCUACCUCCCCUCGUUCUCGACGAACCUGGUGAGUGGUGCUGACCUCCAGGAUGCGGGUGUCCACCAGUUCACUCCUGCUCGUCAGCGGGUGACACACUGCACGGAGGCUAGCACAGGUCGCCACCUGGCUACGUUUACACGUCGGCCGAGGUCGAGCCUGUACACACUGACCACUGCUUCUCCUCCAGGUACUGAGUCUGGUAGGGUCCCUUCGUCUGGUCAGGUGUUUGCUGCAGCGUCCAGGUCGGGCCCUGAGUCUGCCCCCUGUUCGUGUCGUCGUCUGUCUCACGAGACCCUCCUCUGGCACCACCGCCCUGGCCACCCCUCUCUGCUUUGGCUCAAAGGUAUGGCCUCCCGUCUUCUUGUGUCUGGUCUUCCCCGGUCCCUCCCUCCCCUUCCUCAGGGCCCUGGCCCUGCCUGUGUCCCCUGUGUUGAGGGGCGCCAGCGUGCUGCCCCUCACUCCUCCCAGUUUCCUCCGACAGAGGCCCCGUUGCAGACGCUUCACAUGGACGUGUGGGGCCCAGCCCGCGUCCGUGGACAGGGUCAGGAGCGCUACUUCCUGCUCGUUGUUGACGACUACUCGCGCUACACCACAGUCUUCCCCUUGCGCAGCAAGGGUGAGGUCACUGAGGUGCUGAUCGACUGGAUCCGCGCAGCUCGUCUUCAGCUCAGGCAGAGCUUUGGCUCCGACUUUCCUGUGUUGCGUCUGCACUCGGACAGAGGCGGAGAGUUCUCCUCUGGCCUUCUGCGUGCCUACUGUCGUGCGCGAGGCAUCCGCCAGUCCUUCACGCUUCCGGACUCACCGCAGCAAAAUGGGAUUGCAGAGCGCCGCAUUGGCAUGGUCAUGGACGUCGCUCGUACGUCUAUGAUGUAUGCGGCUGCCCCCAAUUUUCUGUGGUCGUUUGCGGUCAAGUACGCGGUGCAUCAGAUCAACCUCCACCCCAGGGUCUCCAGGCCGGAGACCUCCCCAGCCCUGCUGUGGACGGGGAAGGUUGGCGAUGCGUCGGCGUUCCGGGUCUGGGGAUCUCGGGCGUUUGUCCGCGACCUGUCUGCGGACAAGCUGUCCCCUCGCGCUUCUCCCUGCGUCUUCCUGGGGUUCCCCCCCGACGCCCCUGGGUGGCAGUUCUACCACCCCACCUCUCGACGUGUUCUGUCCUCCCAGGACGUCACGUUCGACGAGUCGGUACCCUACUACCGCCUCUUCCCCUACCGCACUCCGUCCCUCCCCCCACCCCCGCUCUUCUUGGUACCAGGUCCCCCCCCGGUAGACCCCCUCCCCCCUCAGGGUCCUGCCCCUUCAGGUGUGUCCCAGGUAGACGCGGUCGAGCCUGUCGAGGUCACUGGUGACUCUGGUGCUGCUGCGGGUGCUGAGCCUGGGGGUGCUGAGCCUGGGGGUGCUGAGCCUGGGGGUGCUGAGCCUGGGGGUGCGGAGUCUGGGGGUGCGGAGUCUGGGGGUGCGGAGUCUGGGGGUGCUGAGCCUGGGGGUGCUGAGCCUGGGGGUGCUGAGCCUGGGGUUGCUGAGCCUGGGGGUGCUGAGCCUGGGGGUGCUGAGCUUGGGGGUGCUGUGCCAAGGGGUGCUGUGCCUGGAGGUGCUUCGUCUCGCCGUGAGCCACUCUCCCCACAGGAGCUGCGUGAGUGGUUUGCCAGGCACUGGAGGCGUGCUGCUGGUGCUGGAGGUUCUUCGACUGCAGAGGGUGCUACUGCCGCGGGUCCCGGAGGUGCUCGUCUUGGGGGUACUGGAGCUGCUGGGUCUGAGGGUUCUCCUGGAGCUGGUGCUGCUGAGGGUGUUGGCGCUGAGACUGCCGCUGGCGGUCCGCCUGGCAGUGCUCCUGGUGGUGCUGAUGGAGGUUCUGGAGCUACUGGAGGUGCUGCUGGAGGUGCUGCUGGAGCGGGUACUCCUGCUGGGGGUACUGGUGCUGUCCCUGCUGUUUCUGGCGUCGCCGCGCGGCCCCGACCGUACUUCGUUCCGCUCCUGCAGCAGGUUCUUGGUCUUACACCUUCUCCUGGUCCUCCUCCUCCUCCCUUAGAGUGUCCACGGCCUGUCCAGUCACAGCCACAGCUACAGCCUGCCUCCCCUUUGCCUGCUCCUUCUCCCUACGCUGGUUCGACUGGAGGUCUUACUGAGCGUCGUGAGCCUGCGUCUCGUCCUGCGUCGCCUGUUCGUACUGCGCGCGCUAGUGGUCGCGGGUCGCGUCAGCGUCCUCCUCCGGUCCCUGGCACGCACCGGAUGUCACUGCGUCCGUCCACUGCUCCUCUGCGUGCCCCUUUGCCUUCUCCUCCCGCUUCCUCUCUUCCUGCUCUUGCCGACCCGGAGUCGGACUCUCUUCGUGCUGCCAAUCCUACUGUCACGCGUCUCCUUGCUACUGCUGUCACUGACCCUUCCUUCGAGUCGUCUGCUGCGUCUGCCCUUGUCACUGAGCUUGUCGACUUUGCUGCGCGCUGUCGUCUAGACUACGCUGCCAGUCUUGUCGCUGAGUCUGAGUCUGUCUGUCCUCCGUCCGUCGGGGGUGAGUGUGCCCUUGGCACGGACGUCCUUGAGGACAGGCAGGAGGAGUUCCAGUGUCUGGCCGCCGCUUCACCUCAUCUCGCGUCUGUACUGCUAGCCCCUGAGGGAGACCCGGAUGCACCAGACAUCCCGACUCCGCGCUCUUACGCGGAGGCGAUAGAGGGUCCCUACUCCUCUCAGUGGCAGGCAGCUAUGGAUGCAGAGAUGGCUUCCUGGAAGUCCACAGGCACCUACGUCGACGCUGUUCCCCCUCCUGGGGCGAACAUCGUCAGUGGCAUGUGGAUUUUUAGGGUGAAGCGGCCGCCGGGUUCUCCGCCUGUCUUCAAGGCGCGUUACGUGGCUCGUGGCUUCAGUCAGCGGCAGGGGGUUGACUACUUUCAGACCUUCUCCCCCACCCCGAAGAUGACCACUCUUCGGGUUCUGCUGCACGUUGCUGCUCACCUCUACGGUCUCCGCCAGGCGCCACGUGAGUGGCACGACACACUGACGACUACGCUCGCGGCACUUGGGUUUGCUCCUUCUACUGCCGACCCGUUGCUGUUUCUGCGCACCGACACCUCACUGCCGCCGUUCUACAUCCUCGUGUACGUCGACGACUUGGUCUUUGCCACAGCUGACACUGCUGGACUCGCCUACGUGAAGUCCGAGCUGCAGAAGAGACACACGUGCACUGACCUGGGUGAACUGCGUAGCUACCUUGGCUUGCAGAUCACCAGGGACAGAGCACGCCGCACCAUUACCCUGACUCAGUCACACAUGGUGCAGCAGGUCCUUCAGCGCUUCGGCUUCACGUACUCCUCGCCUCAGGCCACUCCUCUGCCUACUCGCCACUCGCUCUCAGCUCUGCCUUCGGAUGAGUCCGUAGAGUCGAGUGGCCCGUUUGCAGAGCUUGUUGGCUGCCUCAUGUACCUGAUGACCUGCACACGACCUGACCUUGCAUACCCUCUUAGCAUUCUCGCACGCUAUGUUGCUCCUGGGAGACACCGACCAGAGCACAUGGCUGCAGCGAAGAGGGUGUUGCGCUACUUGUGCAGUACGUCGGGCAUGGGGCUAGUGCUUGGAGGGCGCAGUCCAGUGGUCCUCACUGGGCACGCGGACGCUUCUUGGGCUGACGACUAG